CCCUCCCUCCCUCCCUCAGGCUGGCCAGACAGGGCUGAUGCUGGCGGUCAGUCAUGGCAGGAUGGACAUGGUUCGGGCGCUGCUGGCCCAGGGGGCAGAGGUCAAUGUCCAGGAUGAUGAGGGUUCUACAGCCCUGAUGUGUGCCAGCGAACAUGGCCACGCUGAGAUAGUCAAACUACUGCUGGCCCAGCCGGGCUGCGACGCCACUCUCAGCGACAGUGAUGAGAGCAAUGCCCUGUCUAUCGCUCUGGAAGCGGGUCACAAGGACAUAGCAGUGUUGUUGUACGCCCACGUAAACUUCUCUAAGGCCCAGUCACCGGGAACCCCUCGUCUGAGUAGGAAGAUGUCCCCCAGUCCCACCAGGAGGGGCAUGUUUGACUAGCGCCACCGCCCAUUGGUCAAGUCUCAUGACACCAACCAACCAACCGCUGAGGAUUUCAACCCUCAGGGACAGACUUUGGCCCCACCCCCUGACAACCUGAUUGGACCAUGUGGGAUUAUUGACAAUGCAGUUCAACCAGAAAGGUUCCAUGGGUUUAUUGACCAUGUGGUCCAACCAGAAAGGUUCCCUGGGUUUAUUGACCAUGUGGUCCAACCAGAAAGGUUCCCUGGGUUUAUUGACCAUGUGGUCCAACCAGAAAGGUU